GUGAAUCAGUGUGGCAAGAUGAAGAUCUUGCUAAGUAGCCUGCUUUUCGCCUCUCUCUGUACCCUGUCAUCCUGGAGUGUUUCAUCAGGCACAUUUGUUGUGACACAGAGCGAUCAUGUUUUUGUCAGGAAAGGAGAGACAGUAAACAUCACCUGCUGCUGGAAAGGGAAGUUUGAAAGAAUUAGAGUGAACUGGCUUAAAAAUCAAACAGAAAUUAGGAGUGAUCAGCCUAAUGUGUUUCUGAAAAAGGAAGAGAAGAAAUGUUAUUUUUUGAAAAUCUCAAAUAUUAGACCAGACGAUUCAGGGACGUACAUCUGCAAGGUGACUGUGGAGAUACCAUCUUUAACUGAGGCUAAAGGAAAUGGGACAGUUAUCACAGUCAAGACAGGCAACGAUACUGGGAACAACUCGCAAAGUGCACAAGAUUCUUUAUAUCCUGGGAAUCCAACCAACGUGAUCAUUUCCCUGGCUGUAGUGGUUCCUUUGCUCCUCGUCACACUCGUCUGUUACUGCACUCUGCGAAGAAAACAAGCACUAGCAGCCCGAGUCAUCUACGAGGUUCCCCACGUAGACUCCGAGAUGGCAGAUGCAGACAAAGACAGCACAAGCUCCUCCAGAGGCUCGUCUCAGUGGCGGCAAGUGCCUCUGUAUGAAUCCUUCUACUUCGAGCAUGUGGAUCCCAAAGAAAGUAAAUGAGUGUCGGCUCCAGAGUUUUCUUGUGUACUUUCUGUCCUGUAUAUAGCAUAUUUUUCUUACAUUUUUGCAUGAUUGCAAAAAACCCCAUAUGUGGUUGUAAAUAUGUAUGUAUUUUUCUAUAAACUACAUCUUAAUUAAAAUUAAUUUCAGUGAUGGGGUGUUAGUCCCAUAAAGCCUGAAUCACAAAAUAAUAAUAUGUUUAUGUGUUUAUUUAACCUUCUGACAAAUAAAAAAAUAAAAUAAA